AUGGACGACUCGCCAUGGGGCGCUCCAGACGACUCCUUCGCGUCCAGCCUCCCCCGUCCACGCUCACCGCCCCUCAACUUCUCCGCGACAUCAUCGCUCCCGCUUCCAACAGCACCGACUUGGGCGGACGACGACGGGCCUGGAUGGGGUGCAUCUGCAGACGAUAGCCCGGGCGCAGUCCUCCCGACUCGAUCAGCGGGUCUGCCGUCGCUGGACACUUUGGACGUGCCGAAGGUGGAGGAGGAUAUCUCCGGAGGGACGGGCUUUGCUGGUACAAGCGGCAGUUGGGACAACGAGUCUCCAGAACUACCUCGGCUAGCGACCCUAUCGCCGCCUCUCGACACCGCAGCAGACGACUCGACCGCCGACUUGCCUCCCCUCCCACCGCUCUCCUCGCCUUCCGCCGUCUUUGCCUCGCCUUCACGGCCGUCUGAGGACGCAAUAGGCAGUGCGAACGAGGAGCAGGACGACGGCGGAGGCUGGGGCGGUGCUUCUCCAGACUUGCCUCCCAUCGCCAGUCUGCGAGUCGCUUCUCCUCCUUCACCUGAACCUGAAGAGCGGGAUUCGGGCUGGGGAGUUGAGACCGAAGACGCGGACCCGUCGGAUAUCCCUCCGCCCCUUCCUACCGUCGACGAAGUCUUUGCAUCGGCGAAGCGGAGACGGGAGAGUGUCGAGUUGGCGAAGCAGGCCGAGGCGGGAGAAGAUGCAUGGGGUAGUUCGCAAGGAUGGGAGGAGCGGCUGCGGAUAGAGGCAGAAGCGCGCGAGAAGGAACGACUGGCCGAGCUGGCUGCCGCAGGGAUUGAGCCGACGCCUGAGAAGCCGGCGGACAACGCCGAGACUUCAAAGCAGGACGGCGCGGAGAACCCAGAACGACCGGCUGCUAAUGGCGGCAUCACGUCGAUGUUCCGCAGCUUCCGCAAAGGAGCAGAAGAUGCGGCUGCAAAGUCGACUGAGGUCGUCAAGGACGCUUCCAACUCUGCCGCUCGAGGCGUUGCUGCGAUCGGGCGGACGGCUUCGGCGCGCAGCUCGCAGGAUGAAGGGAGGGGUGAGUCACCUGCGCGAACGUCGGAGGAGCGGGCUGCGGGAAAGAGCUGGUGGAGUAGGUCGGGCGCCAAGAAGGAGGAGGCGAAGAAGCCUGAGCCAAAGGAGGAGGACGACCCAAACACAAUCGGCGUCGAGGAGGUCCAACAGGGCGAGUCAGGACGCGUCGAUUCGCCUGAGCCGCAGCAAGGUGCUAUCGGCCGCUUCCUGAGCCGGCUGAAACGACCGGCGUCUGCACCGACGGAAGGAAGCUCCGAUGCUCGACAGACGCCGUCGCCUCGCAACAGCAGCGAACAACAGCCGCCUGCUUUCCGAGCGGACGAUUUUGACGCGCUCGCGAACGGCGAGAUCGGCCGGGUCACACUCCAGGUGCGGCAGAAGCAUGAGGAAGAGGACGCGACUCCACGCGGCGGUUUGUUCGGUCUGCGAAGCAAGUCGGCAGCGGCUGUCCCAUCUGCACCGCCAGAGGACGACUUCGGCGGUCUCAUCGGCGCGCUGGCGGAUGCACCUGUCCGGCCUUCUGCAAGAAGCGGCAUAUCCAAAACGUUCGAUCCGUUCGACCCUCUCAGCGACAGCUUCGGCGCCCUACCUGCGCCAUCCGCCCCUCAUCGCGCAACGCACGCUGCCGCCCCUCCGCUUCAGCCUCCGCCUAGCCAAACGGCCAUUCCGCCAUCCCGCCCAGCUGUCCAGCCUCCCACGCACAACCGCCGAACCUCCUCAGUCGCCUCCUUCCCUGCCUCUCCUCCUCUUGCUCCAGCCACAUCUGCCAACGAACCCGAAGACUCGUUCGACGACUUCUUCAACUCGGUCGUCGCAUCCACCUCGAAGCCAGUAUCCCCACCUGCGGUCAAGGUUGUCGCGCCGACGCCUCGGCAAAACAAGCCAGCCUCGACUCUUCUUCCAUCUGCACCUACUCAGCCUAUCCGUACGACGUCGACAAAAUCGCCGCCGCCUCGAAUGACGAUCUCGCCGCCAGUCCGCACGUCGACCGCUUCACCCGCAUCUGCGAGCGGUGCAAGUCGUGCGACGACACCCAUCAUGCCCCUCGCUCCUCCUCCUCCGCCCUCUCAGCCUCUCGCGUCGACUCGCGGACAUGUCCUUCCGCCACCGCCAGCGGUGACUCAGCGAGUCGGCACUCCCCUCCAGGCUGCACCACUCGCUCCCUCGCCCGCCUCUUCCGCCGGCGCCAAGUCUCCCUCCCCUGCUCCACCUCAGCGCUCCACGUCAGGCCCCCUCUCGCUCGACGACCUGUCGUUCUUCGAGAGUUAG